UCAAACUCAAAAUAACUCCAUCUAUGUCUUCCUUGUAUGAUUAAGUUGCUUCUUUAGCAAAAUACACCCGCAUGCACUCUAACAUCCCCCCCUGUUCCUGCUCUUGCUCUUCUCUCCAUCCCUUUCCCUUUCUAUUAUGGUCUUGCGACCUUCAAAAGCAAACAACCAAACUGGCGGUUAAGCCAGAGGAAAACGAAAAAACACACCAGCUCUGCGUCUGCACCUUAAAUACUAUAUCAACGCAACCAUGACGUUCAGUUUCGGGAGACAAAACGACGAAAAACUAACUCCUAAACAACGUUAAAUCUCAGUUGUGAAGCUUGUAGAACUGAAAAUGCUGCAGCUUGGACAAGAAGAAAUGGCAGUCUCCGGUGGCCGUACGGUGAUGGUGGGGGUCAAGCUUGAUCCGCAGAGCAGAGAGCUGUUGACAUGGGCCAUGGUCAAAGUGGCACAACCUGGGGAUACGGUUAUUGCUCUGCAUGUUCUUGGUAAUAAUGAAAUCGUAGAUCGAGAAGGAAAGUCUUCACUUCUCUCGCUUGUCAAAGCUUUUGACUCUGUUCUAGCCGUCUAUGAAGGUUUCUGCAACCUGAAACAGGUGGAUCUCAAGCUCAAGAUAUGCAGAGGUUCAUCGAUACGAAAAGUUUUAGUUAGGGAAGCAAAAUCAUACUCAGCAGCGAAGGUUAUAGUCGGAGCAGCCAGGAGUCACCAUACAAUCCGGUCACCGACAUCUGUUGCUAAAUAUUGCGCAAAGAAGCUACCAAAGGAUUGCUCAGUUCUUGCUGCCAAUAAUGGGAAAGUUAUGUUUCAAAAAGAAGGCUCUCUGGCUAAAAUCGGUGGUUCAAAUGGAGCUGAAGAUGAUCGCCGGAAUGGUCUGCUUAAUGUAAUUCACAGGUCAAUUUCAUUAAGUAAGAAUUCCAAAGUACUAAAUGAAAGCAGUACUGAAAACAACCAGAUUUUAGAGCAGUCCUUAGUUAAGGCCCGUCCGAAUAGUUUGGGGAAUAUAAUGAAACAGGGUUGCUCAGUUUGUGGAACAGUUGCUAAGUCUCUAGAUAAUUCAUGCAAACAGUCUGCUGAAGAGUCUUCUGAUGAUAAUGGUGGUGAUGACAAAUCUUUAGCUCUAGUCCCAGUUCCAAAGGUAGAGGCACCUUCCUGUUCAGUUUCUUCUUUGAUCAGACAGGUCCCUGAACUGAAACCUGGUUGGCCACUACUUCGCCGUGCAUUCUUACCAGACCGACAGUCAUCGGAUAGAUCCUCAGUGAGGCAGAUCUCAGUGGUGCAAUGGGCAAUGAGGUUGCCAAGCAGACAGUUUUCAUCAUAUAUCUCCAAUUUGGAUCACAAACAUAAUGGUUGUGAUCAGGCUGAAAAUCAAUCGGGUUUAGACGGAGAAAGUGGUGCAAUUGUUCCAAUUGGUACAGAGAAAUUGACAGUUCCAGCUUCUCCUAGCCAUCCUAAAAGCCUACCAAAAGAAUUGGAGGGUCUUCAUGAGAAAUAUUCUGCAACUUGCAGAUUGUUUAAUUACCAAGAGCUUCUUGCAGCCACAUCUAAUUUCUUGGCUGAAAAUUUGGUUGGGAAAGGAGGCAGCAGUCAGGUUUAUAAAGGUUGCCUCCCCGAUGACAAGGAACUUGCUGUGAAAAUCUUGAAGCCAUCCGAAGAUGUAUUAAAGGAGUUUGUCUUAGAAAUUGAGAUCAUUACUACCUUAAAUCACCAGAACAUCAUUUCCCUUUUGGGGUUCUGUUUCGAGGAGUACAAUUUUCUCCUUGUUUACGAUUUCCUAUCGAGAGGAAGUCUUGAAGAAAACCUCCAUGGUAAUAGAAAGGACCCCCUUGCAUUCGGUUGGAGUGAGAGAUACAAGGUGGCUGUAGGAGUAGCUGAGGCCUUGGAUUAUCUUCACACUAAAUCUGCUCAGCCUGUGAUCCACAGAGAUGUUAAAUCAUCAAAUAUACUUUUGUCUGAUGAUUUUGAGCCUCAGCUUUCUGAUUUUGGACUUGCCAAAUGGGCACCAACCUCCUCAUCUCAUAUAAUCUGCACUGACGUUGCUGGAACCUUUGGUUACUUGGCUCCUGAAUACUUCAUGUAUGGCAAAGUAAACAACAAGAUCGAUGUCUAUGCAUAUGGUGUUGUACUCCUGGAGCUUCUCUCAGGAAGGAAGCCUAUAAGCAAUGAUCAUCCGAAAGGCCAAGAAAGCCUAGUUAUGUGGGCAAAGCCAAUUCUAGAUGAUGGGAAGUUCUCCCAAUUGCUGGAUCCAGGCUUGGGCGAUGACUAUGAUCCUGAUCAGAUGGAGCGGAUGGUUUUAGCUGCCACUCUCUGCAUAAAACGUUCGCCACGAGCUAGGCCUCCAAUGAGCCUUGUUGUGAAGCUCCUCCAAGGGGAAGAUGAAGUAACAAAAUGGGCAAGGCUGCAAGUUAAUACUGCAGAAGAACCAGACAUGCUGGACGACGAAGCAUGUCCGCGUUCAAAUCUAAAGUCUCAUCUUAACCUUGCAUUGCUUGAUGUGGAGGAUGACUCACUCUCCAUGAGCAGCAUUGAGCAAACUAUCUCAUUGGAGGAUUAUUUGCAAGGCAGGAGCAGCCGCUCAUCAAGCUUUGACUAACCAACUACACAUUUCUGGCAAGCAGAAUCCCACUAAAACAUCAAUCACUCUCUGUGAUUCGUUUGUAUAUUCCUUUUGAUUUCUUUUUUCCCCUUCAUUGCCAUGCAGAUUUUUGUGGCUUUUUGGGUUUUUACUUGGACAAGAUUCACAGAUAGGUAUAGGAUGAGAGGUUGUUUGUGGUGUGCCCUCCUCCUUCCCUUACACAACAUAAACAAAGUUUCCAACUUGUUGGGAGUUUUUUUUUUCUUUCAACCUUAAAGGUGUCGGUGGUUGAAUGAAUCAAGAGUGUAAGUCUGUUGUAACUGUUAAACACAGACCUUACUGUAUUUAGAACAUUCUCAGAUUGAAUGAGUAAUGCAAUAAAUUCUUGAUUAGUGUAAA